AUGUUGAAGCAAACGCCAACGGGAACCUGGCUCCCAGCUUUCGUGCCGGAGUCAUCGCUGGUGAUAUCUUUGCUGCUUAUGCUCUGCUCACUUGUCCAGUCAUCCACAAGCGGAUACGAUGGCUCCAUGUUGAACGGCCUCAACAUCCUGCCGUCGUACACCGAUUAUUUCAACCUGACCACCGCGACGACGGGCCUCAAUACCGCGUCCGUCUUCAUCGGCUGCACGGUCGGGACCCUCGUCUCGGGCAUCAUGACCGAUGCACUGGGGCGCCGGCCAGCUAUCUUCUGGAGCUCCGUCAUCACCCUCGUGGGAAUCGUCCUGCAGACGGCGGCGCAGAACGUUGCGAUGUUCGUCGUGGGCCGCAUUGUUCUGGGCCUGGGAACAGGUAUCUCCGGUGUCUCGUCCGGCGUGUAUCUGUCUGAGACGUUUCCUAGCCAGUGGCGGGCCUGGGGGGUCGGGCUGCUGAAUGACUUUUACUAUGUCGGGGCCCUGAUUGCAGCUGGCGUGACGCUUGGAACUGGGCAAUGGCAAUCAACGUGGGCGUGGCGCCUGCCAUCGCUAAUUCAGGGGAUAUUCUCUAUUCUCUGUAUCGCCAUUCUCCCUUUUGUGCCCGAAUCGCCAAGGUGGCUCGUCCACGAAGGCCACUUCGAGUACGCGCGCAACUCGGUGGCGCAGGCCAACUCGAACGGGGAUCUCCAAGACCCGAUCACGGUCGCGGUGUACAAGGAGAUCAUCGACGCGCUCGACUUCGAGAAGAAGGAAAGCCGGACGAUGAGCCCGAAGGAGAUCUUCAAGACGCCGACGGCGAGGAAACGCCUGCUCAUUGGCAUGUCGGCCGGGCCGUUCUCGUGCGUUGCUGGUAAUAUCAUCGCGUCGUACUACUUGGGCGACGAGCUUACGACGGCGGGGAUCACGGACUCGACGGAUCAGCUUAAGGCUAACGUGGUACUGAAUGUGUGGUGUCUGGCCUGCUCCAUCUUCGGGACAAACCUUGCCGCUAAAUGGGGACGCAAGCCAACUGCCCUCGUGUCGGAGGCCCUUCUCGUGAUCUGCCUCUUCAUCAUUGGAGGGCUUUCCAAGAUGUACGCGGACGAUCCAGACCAUGCGUCCAGCAGUCUCGUGUACGGAAAUGUCGGGGUCAUGUUCUUGUUUCAAGGAUUUUACUCCGUGGCUUGGACGCCGCUUCUAUACCUUUACCCCCCGGAGGUAUUCUCAGUACGUGGCCUUCUAUCUUUCAUCUUUGAGUCGACCUCGUUCAUAGGAACCUGGUACUCUAUUCGAGCCAACGGCCUUGCUUUCUCAUCGUUAAUGCUUAACUCCCUUGCCUGUGUGUUUGUGUUCAUCAUGCCGAUAGGCCUGCAUAACAUAGGAUGGAGAAUGUACAUGAUCAAUGGAUCCUGGGACAUUGUUAUUGCCAUACUUAUUGCGGUAUACUGGGUUGAAACCAAGGGCAAGACUCUAGAAGAGAUAGACGCUCUUUUUGAGGACAAGAAACAAUCUUCUGUCCCAGAAAUAGAGCAUAUCCGCACCGGGAGGGCGACUCUUGAUGCCAAACCCCCUUCUCGAGAAGCCAAGAUAUAG